AUGUUCUCCAGGUUGGUAACGCUAGUAUGGACUUUUUUCAUUAUCAAAGUACUGGUAGAUGCUCAAUUCAGUGGUAAGAUUCUGGCUUUGCAGUCAACGGGAUUUUUGGAGCUAAUUUCAUUCAGCCUCAAGCUAUUCCAACAUCACGUUCUCGUCUAGUGGCGCAAAUUCCUUCACCAACCCACAGAACUCAAUAUCAAAUCUAGGAACCGCUAGCCAGAGGCAGCCAAGUGCAGCAAAUUCUACGACUCCUUCAGUCAAAGGCUCUCAUAAUUCAUUCUUCACCACAUCAGCUACUGGCAACGCCGCAACUCCUCAAUGCGGCUUUAUAGUACAAGAUGUAAUAACAGAAGAGUAUUGGCAGGCGUGGAAUUAUUCGACAGGAGUUAGAGAUGUCAAUUUGACUUCGAAAACUAUCUUUAUGAACAACACACCUCCUUAUACAACGACCAACAUCUACAAGACCAACCAUACAUUCAUAUGGAGCAGUGACAUUGGCAAGAAUCCGCUUCGCUUGAGUUCAAAUUCCAACGCUCAAUUUUCGCAAGUGGUAACUUCAAUCAACAAAACCACUCCUAUUACCACAGCAGGCGUUACAAUGUAAGUAACCUCGCUUCGAGUAAGAUUAAUUCCAAGACAUAGCUAACGUGUACUAGACCUUACAAACAAGCAUUUUAUGUGUACACCACAGUGAAAGCAAUCAUCGUCGACGCAGUACGAAAAAAUGGAACUGGAGAAUAUAUCUGUGGGUCAUCCCACAGAAUAAUGGGACUGAUAAAUACAAAUGCCCAUGAUUACUUCAAAGCCGCUUCCAACACGACUAUAAACGCCGCUUCCUCUAUACAAACUUUCAUUAUAACCCCUUCCGACGCCUUUCGUGUACGCUCCUCAGUAUGGUAUGCAAGGUGUCCCAUCGCUAAUCGAAGGCGGCCCGGACAAAGUGAAAGAAGUCCACGGUUAUGUUCCUCAAACCUUGAUCUCCCACCUAGAAAACCAGAAACUCUUCCCCUCUGCUCUAGGAGUCCAGGCGUUCAGGGCUGCAGGACCAUCGAUUCCACCUCCAGGAAAUACUUCCGUCCCUACAUCCACUUAUCAAGAUCCUGCCGGGACGGAUUUGACGUCUUCUACUUUCAUUUACCCUCCUUCUACUCACGUCGAGCAGCCAACACCGGCCUCGAUUCCGGCACCAGAAUCUGAGCCAAAACAAUCUGAUCUACCGAAAGCUCCAAAUUCCGUCACAACCCCAUCUCCUCAGCCAGGUAUAACUCCUAGUGUUCCACAUCCAAAACCUCAACCACAUGUAAUCCCCGUGAUUGGCGCCAUAAUCAAUUCUAUCAUAGGAGGGCUCCUUCCCAGUCCAUCAGCCCCUUCUCCCACAUUUGGUGCUGUGGUGGUAAACCCUCGACCUGAAAGCAGUAACCCCAAGCCUGAAGCUAUCCCCCAAAACGUGGAGAACCAUCCUCACGCCGAAGUCAAUAACCCUCGACCUGGGACUAACCCUCAGUCUGGGACUAACCCUCAACCUGGGACUAAUUCUCAACCUGGAACUAACUCUCCGCCUGGGGCUAACUCUCAGCCUGGGACUAACCCUCAACCUGGUGCGAACCCUCAGUUGGGGGUAGGUUUCCCACCGAAUAAUAUCCCAGCUCCUGUCAUUAUAAUUCCAACUUCAACAGUAAGUAAACUCCUCUAUCCCAUUGUCAUUUCUACAGCCCAUUGCGUCCCAACUUCCAAAUCCUCGUAACCUGAAGAGAGCCGACUCCCGGGUGGCUUCUUGGACAAAAGACCAAGUUAUCACGUACAACUUGAAAAGUUUUCCCAAACUACUGAAACAGAUAACUUGUUUGUCUGGGAAAACCUGGGCCAUUAAAAUGGCUCAAGAGUCAGAUAUUCAGAAUUCUUCGAUUAAUUCUUCUUACUGUAUGAAUGUUUCCGGCAUAUCGUGAUUUCAUUCGGGCGUUUAUAGGAUAAUGGCAUAGGCUUCUGUUUCCAAUAACUCACUCUUUUUUGAUGUUGUCCAAUCGCUUUCCAAAUGUACCAUCGGUUACUUAACCUAUGAUAGUGACUUAAUAUAAGUGCUAACUUACACUGCUUUAGAACGUCCCCGUUGCUGCCGCUCCACCAGGCCUAACUGGCGAGACGAAAAACAUAGCAGGUACACCGUACAUUAUUGUUCCAUCGCCAACUACAUUUGCUUUACCAGCCCAGGCCGCUACAAUAGCCCCGACCGUUACAGGAGCCAGCGCUACUAUCAUUAACGGCUCUCCCUUCGUUGUACUCCCUGGACCCACGAAUAUACCAGUCUCAAACGCCCCACCUGGAUUAAGCGGAGUUACGACGGUUAUUAACAAUACGCCUUAUAUCGUUGUACCUAGUGCCACAAGCAUACAAGUGUUUCCAAUAAAUCCGAUUUCAAGCAUUGGAAGCACUUCGUUGAUCUCUGGGGCACCACAUUUGAUUAUACCAGGCACAACAAAUAUACCACUAGCAAAUGUUCCUCCUGGAGUAACAGGCAGCUCAACCAUAAUUAACAAUACGCCAUUCCUUGCUAUACCAGGACCGACGAAUAUUUCAAUACUACAGCCUUCAAAUACAAUAGGCACCACAGUUCUGAUAAAUGGCACGCCAUUUCUGGUGUUCCCGUCGGCAACUUCGAUCCCACUCUCACUGGCACCAAACGGCAUUCCUGGAGCCAUCAAGACUACAAUUCUCGGAGUCCCGUAUCUUGUCGUGCCUAGUGCGACCACCGUUCCUGUUCCUGUUACCAAGAAUACCGAUAUGCUUGGUUCCAAAGUUGGAACAAGCAUCAAAGCUUCGAGUACCAACACAGCUCCUCCAGCUGAGGCGACCAAGACGGCUGCUGCUGCGGCCUGUGGGGUGAGUUACUGGUUAGUGGGUAUGGCUGGCUUCUUGCCUGCAUUCUUGUUUGUAUGAGUUUCGCUAAGCAAAAAGGAAUGGGUCUUUGAGAUUGAAUUUUGCACGAGCGUAUCCUCUAUGUUUUGGAAAUUGGAUCUUUUCAUGAGCGUAUGUACAAUGCCAGAUGAGUGUUUGGUUCAGUACUAAGCAUAAGCGAUCGUGCAUGUUCUAGCUUG